AUGCUUUUUCGGAAGGGUCGAAAUGACCUCACGCACCUCUUUCUCGAUUCUUCUCCAUCCUAUUCCGUUUUUUUGCUAUCUAACGCAGGCAAACAUUUCCCGCCCACUAUCCAUUAUCUUUCCCGCCAUUUCCACCUCCUUUGUUUCUAUCUAGCUAUCUAUCUACCUAUCUAUUUAUCUAUUAUUAUCUGUGUUUCUAUAUAUCUAUUAUUAUUAUUAUUUAUCUCAGUGUUUCUAUCUAUCUAUCUAUUUAUCAUUAUUUAUCUCAGUGUUUCUUUCUAUCUAUCAUUAUUUAUCUCAGUGUUUCUAUCUAUCUAUCUAUCAUUAUUUAUCUCAGUGUUUCUAUCUAUCUAUCUAUUUAUCAUUAUUUAUCUCAGUGUUUCUUUCUAUCUAUCUAUCAUUAUUUAUCUCAGUGUUUCUAUCUAUCUAUCUAUCAUUAUUUAUCUCAGUGUUUCUAUCUAUCUAUCUAUUUAUCAUUAUUUAUCUCAGUGUUUCUUUCUAUCUAUCUAUCAUUAUUUAUCUCAGUGUUUCUAUCUAUCUAUCUAUCAUUAUUUAUCUCAGUGUUUCUUUCUAUCUAUCUAUCUAUCAUUAUUUAUCUCAGUGAUUCUUUCUAUCUAUCUAUCAUUAUUUAUCUCAGUGUUUCUUUCUAUCUAUCUAUCUAUCAUUAUUUAUCUCAGUGUUUCUUUCUAUCUAUCAUUAUUUAUCUCAGUGUUUCUAUCUAUCUAUCAUUAUUUAUCUCAGUGUUUCUUUCUAUCUAUCAUUAUUUAUCUCAGUGUUUCUUUCUAUCUAUUUAUCAUUAUUUAUCUCAGUGUUUCUUUCUAUCUAUCUAUCAUUAUUUAUCUCAGUGUUUCUAUCUAUCUAUCUAUCAUUAUUUAUCUCAGUGUUUCUUUCUAUCUAUCUAUCAUUAUUUAUCUCAGUGUUUCUUUCUAUCUAUCUAUCAUUAUUUAUCUCAGUGUUUCUUUCUAUCUAUCUAUCUAUCAUUAUUUAUCUCAGUGUUUCUUUCUAUCUAUCAUUAUUUAUCUCAGUGUUUCUAUCUAUCUAUCAUUAUUUAUCUCAGUGUUUCUUUCUAUCUAUCUAUCAUUAUUUAUCUCAGUGUUUCUUUCUAUCUAUCUAUCAUUAUUUAUCUCAGUGUUUCUUUCUAUCUAUCUAUCAUUAUUUAUCUCAGUGUUUCUUUCUAUCUAUCUAUCAUUAUUUAUCUCAGUGUUUCUUUCUAUCUAUCUAUUAUUAUUUAUCUCAGUGUUUCUUUCUAUCUAUCUAUCUAUCAUUAUUUAUCUCAGUGUUUCUAUCUAUCUAUCUAACCAUCAUUAUUUAUCUCAGUGUUUCUUUCUAUCUAUCUAUCAUUAUUUAUCUCAGUGUUUCUAUCUAUCUAUCUAUCUAUCAUUAUUUAUCUCAGUGUUUCUUUCUAUCUAUCAUUAUUUAUCUCAGUGUUUCUUCCUAUCUAUCUAUCAUUAUUUAUCUCAGUGUUUCUUUCUUUCUAUCUAUCAUUAUUUAUCUCAGUGUUUCUAUCUAUCUAUCUAUCAUUAUUUAUCUCAGUGUUUCUAUCUAUCUAUCUAUUUAUCAUUAUUUAUCUCAGUGUUUCUUUCUAUCUAUCUAUCAUUAUUUAUCUCAGUGUUUCUUUCUAUCUAUCUAUCAUUAUUUAUCUCAGUGUUUCUAUCUAUCUAUCUAUCAUUAUUUAUCUCAGUGUUUCUAUCUAUCUAUCUAUCAUUAUUUAUCUCAGUGUUUCUUUCUAUCUAUCUAUCAUUAUUUAUCUCAGUGUUUCUUUCUAUCUAUCUAUCAUUAUUUAUCUCAGUGUUUCUAUCUAUCUAUCUAUCAUUAUUUAUCUCAGGGUUUCUAUCUAUCUAUUAUUAUUUAUCACAGUGUUUCUAA